AUGCUGGCGUUAUCUUUAGACGACGAGUGCAAAAUAGAAAUAAAUAUGACCACAUUAGCUGCUCCUAUAGCAAAAAGCCUAGCGUCGAAAAUGAAGUUGAAUGACGGUGUGGAAAUACCAAUGUUUGGUUUAGGGACGUACAGACUCGAUGGACCGUUAAUUGCAUCUGCUAUUGAGAAAGGUUAUCGUAUGCUAGAUAGUGCAGAAAAUUAUAAUUUAGCAACAGAUUACAUUGAUUUGUAUUUGUUACACGCACCACAGGGAGGUAAGUGUGGUGAAGUUUAUCGGGCACUGCAAGAACAUAAAAAAAGCGGCAAAAUAAGAUCGUUGGGCGUUUCAAACUUCGGUAUACACCACCUGAAGGCACUUGAAAAAUUGGGAUUGGAUUUGCCGUCGGUCAAUCAAAUCGAAAUGCAUCCGUGGCAGCUAAAAACGGAUAUUGUGAAUUACUGUCAAUCGAAAAAUAUCGUUAUUAUCGGUUAUUCGCCACUAGCAAAGGGCAAAAAAGUCGAUGACGAAACUAUUAUUCAAAUUGCUCAAAAAUUACAGAAAACUCCAGCACAAAUUUUAAUUCGAUGGUCCGUCCAACGUGGUUUGAUCACAAUUCCAAGAACAUCAAGUGAAAAGCGAUUAAUGGAGAAUGCCGAUGUGUUUAACUGGUCAAUUCCAGAGAAUGAAAUGGAAAUAUUGAAUGCGUUAGGAAAAUCUCCUUGGAGCUGUACAUGGGAUCCUACGAAAAACGAUCUUGAAACAGCAUUUGGGUUCAGUAAUCAAGAACUGGAAAGCCGAUCUUCAUUAGAUUAA